GUUCUUCCUCAGCCUGCGACCAGAGGGAGAAUCUCGUCGCCGUUCCUUCUUCAGUCGUCGCUUGCAGCAAGGAAAGAUGCCCCGAGCCGUGUCGGACAAGCUCGCGCGGGCCGAGUACCAGCCCGUCUCGGCGGCGAAGCGGCCGAGCAAGGGCUCAUCCUCGUCGGGCGUUGCCUCGGCGUCCUCCUCCUCCUCGGGGGCGACGACCAAGAACCCGAUCUUCAACACGGACCGGUUCGGGCAGCACAUUCUCAAGAACCCGCUCGUGGCGCAGUCGAUUGUCGACAAGGCCGCCAUCAAGUCGACCGAUGUCGUGCUCGAGGUCGGUCCAGGUACGGGCAACCUCACGGUGCGGAUCCUGGAAAAGGCCAAGAAGUGCACCGUGAUCGAGAUGGACCCGCGCAUGGCCGCCGAGCUCACGAAGCGUGUGCAGGGCCAGGCCGACAUGAAGCGCAAGCUCGACAUUGUCAUUGGCGACUUUUGCAAGACGACGCUGCCGUACUUUGACCUCGUGAUCAGCAACACCCCUUACCAGAUCUCGUCGCCGCUCGUCUUCAAGCUGCUCUCGCACCGGCCCCAGUUCCGCUGCGCGAUUCUCAUGUUCCAGCGCGAGUUUGCGCUCCGCCUCCUCGCGCGGCCCGGCUCGGAGCUGUGGUGCCGGCUGUCGGCCAACGUGCAGCUGUACGCCAAGGUGGACCUGCAGAUGCACGUGUCCAAGGGCUCCUUUCGCCCGCCCCCGCAGGUCGACAGCAGCGUCGUCCGCAUCGUGCCUAUCCAACCACCUCCCCCAAUCCGCUUCGACGAGUACGACGGCCUGACGCGUGUCCUCUUUUCGCGCCGCCACAAGACCGUCCGGGCCUCGUUUGAGGCAAAGGGCGUCAAGGCCAUGCUCGAGCAAAACUACAAGACGCUCUGUGCCGAGCGCAGCCUCGCUUUGGACCCGCAGCCAUUCGCGGCACGCCUCGAUGCCAUCCUCGCCACGAGCGGCUACAGCGACAAGCGAGCGGCGCAGAUGGACGUCGACGACAUCCUCCGCCUCCUCUUUGCCUUUCACAAGGAGAACAUCCACUUUGCUUAGUCACACUCUCUCCCCCUUUCCUCCUCCCUCUUCCUCUCCCUCUCUCUCUCUGUCUCUCCCUCCCUCUCUUCCUUGCUCCCGUGGCAAUUUCCUCAGCGACUUCCUCUCUCCCAUUGCAUUGUAUUUGUAUUCUAUUCAGCAGCACUGGUGACCAUCGUAC